AUGUCCGCCACCGAUUUAAUCCAGUCAUAUGUUACGGAGUUAGAGAAGUAUAGGGAACUUGUGCAAAUUCUAGGAAAACGUCUUGACAUCCAAGAGGAGGUCAUCAGAUCUCAAGCCGCACGACUGGAGGCUUUGGAGAGCACUGUUCAGCGGCCGAGGGACCCCCACAGAACGCUCUCUGGAUGUGCAGAGGUUCAGCAUGCGGCAACCCCUGUUGAAGCCGGUUCCUCGACAGAAGGUUCUCAACGUGAUGUUACUGGACGACUCAGUACCAUGUCCUCACUUCCACAUACUGUCGUUGCCAGCUCUCAGACAGAUGCGAGUAAUUCUAACUGGACACGUAUUGCCAAUAUUUCUGGAACAACACCCGACGGCCGGCCAAAAGUCGAAGAUACUAUGUCUGAUGUGUCUCCUGCGGCCGUCAAAUCUGAACAACCCAUCAAACCUGUCGGUGAAGAGAUCGCAAACGACCUGCUUAUUGUUGACGACCAACUGACACACGUUUCCACAAGUCACAGUGCUGAGGUGGAGAUGCAUCGUAUGCAUUCCCCAUCUCAGGUCAUGGCUAGUAAAGCAGAUUCGGGAAGUCAAGAUAAUCCGCUUGUUAUUGAUGAUGACGAGAUGAAGUCAUCUGUAACGUUGACUGGCGAAGUGGACCAAGAUAUAGCUCCUUCCAUGCAGAAUGCCGUGGAGGAUGUCGUAGAAGCAAGCCCUACUUCAGUUAUUCCAGGAAAGAUUGGAGGGGAUACCAUUGUCAUUCAUAAGCAGGGUGACACAUCUGCAAGCUUCACUGCUGAUGCAGGUCAUGAUGGCGGCACAGAGCCUUCUGCGCAGAGCAUCAGUGCGCAUCGCCUCACCGGCUUGGUUACUCAGGCUCCCCAAGACCCACGACAAACGCUCAAGAGAAAGGCAAAGCAUACAACUGAGGCGGCUGGACCUUCUGGCCUCAAGAAACGACGACAUCUGAUCCUUGAAGUGUUGGUCCCUCCAUCGAAAUGGUACUGUCGAGUAUGCAGCCUCAUUCAUCCCCCACCUGUCUGCCGCCAGCCCUCUGCAGCAUUAUCCUAUGUCGACCCGAAAGAUUGGCACAUGUCGACUACUCUUGUAGGCUCCAGUGGUGCUGAGGUGUGCGAAGGUGGAACAUGCACAGAAGCAGCCAGUGAAGUCGAUCUAGAUGACAUAUUCAGUGGAGAAUUGACCGACUACAGCUACGAUGAUGAAGAGGAAGAUGAUCCAAAUGAUCCUCCUUACGAUCCUCACGGAGAUGCUGAAGCAGAUGCUGAUUAUGAAGACAAGUAUGCACCUCCUGAAGAUGCAUUUGAUCUGCCGAGGGCAUCUGGCAGUUCUAGUGUGAAGGCUGAAGUCAAGACUGAUAUCAAACCUAAUGUGGGACCACCAUUCCUGGCGGAGGAUAUUGUCCGAGGUCGUAUGCCCUCCGACGAGUUCGAGUCCUUCCCCGUGAAUCUAGAUGCAGAGACUCGCUCUGUCGUGGUCAGUCGCAAACUCAUGUCUUCAAAGUACGGCGGAUCCGGGCGAUCUAUGUGCCCCACUAUUGGCAAGAAAUACAAGCAUGGAUACAAUCUCAUGUAUCCCACCCUAGCAAUGAACCCCCAUGCACCUGUAGAGCCGGGACAGCCAGGACUUCUAUGCAGGGUUAGGAAGAAGCCGCAGUGGAAACCAGGAAACCAAAAAGUGCUCGUACGCUUGCAGCCUAAUGCCUACCGGUACGUCGGCGAGUAUGAGAUGUCCCCCGCCGCGCCACUAUCUACUCAGGAGUUCAACAACCUGCCGCUGAAGGCCAAGACAAGGUGGAGCAAGGUGAUAUUGACGCGAAAAACCGACAGAGACGUAAGAUUUCGCAUCAUCUAUCGACGUGAGUAUGGAGGCCGUGAGCCGACGACGCGAGAAGUGGGCAAAGCUCUCAAGGACGUGAAUGAGGAAUAUAAGGAGCUCACGGUCGAUGAAAUUUUAAAUGUCUUCGAGGUCGGACUUGAGACAGUAAUCAUAUGGCGCAUGAAGUGUGUUGGAUACGAUGAGCGUUUCCAGCGAGAGCUGGCUGCACACGUCGCUUGCGCGGUACUGACGGGGGGUACCGAUCCUGCCGCGGAGAAGCUGAAGAAGAAGGGAUCAUCCAAGUCAAUACCUCCACAGCCUCAGUCUUCUAGCCGCAGGAAGAAAGUGGUCCGGGUGGAGGACGAUGAUGUAUAUGCAUCGGGCCCGGAAGAAAUGCAGAACGAAUUGCCCGCUUGUUCGGCCCGCCGGAGUGCUCACAUGAAGUCGAAGAGUCACUACCUGCUACCAAACCCUCCGCAGGACGUUGAUGCAAUGUUGCUUGAGACUAUCGCAUAG